UAAACACGGUUAUCUGUCGUUCCGUCCCCUACCCCUUACUCCUCUAGUCAUUGUCAAAAUGGCGGACGGAGGCGUCGAUAUAGAUUUGUACGCUGACGAUAUAGAAUCGGAUUUUAAUAGACAGGACGAGUUCGGAGGUGAGAAUGUGGAUCUGUACGACGACGUAAUUUCUGCGCCUGCAUCGAAGCCAGAGGAAGGAGAUGGACCACCGAAUGCCCCGCCGUCACAGCAUCCUCCGGAGGAGACCAACGGCAACGCUCCUUAUCACAACAACUCGCAACACCACGGGCAUCAUGGCGGCCGCCGGGCACAGCUUUACGUCGGAAAUCUCACUUGGUGGGCAACGGACCAAGAUAUAGCGAACGCGGUCGCUGAUGUGGGUGUGGCCGAUUUCCAAGAUGUCAAGUUCUUCGAAAACAGAUCCAAUGGCCAGUCCAAGGGGUUCUGUGUCAUUUCUCUGGGCUCUGAACCGUCUCUCAGGAUGGUCCUGGACCGUCUGCCCAAGAAAGAGAUUCAUGGACAACACCCGGUUGUCACUCUGCCUACUAAACAGGCGUUGAACCAGUUUGAGAGUCAAUCUAAGACGAGGUCCACGCCACCCGGCGGGCCCAACAACCCCGGCAUGCGCGGGCCUCCCCACCCAGGCGGUCCGCCCGGACCGCAUCCAGGAGAUUUCUUCGGCCCCGGCCCCAACGGCCCCGGUCCCAACGGGCCUCGCAUGAUGAUGCCGGGCGGCGGCGGCGGCCACCACCAGAUGCGAGGCCCCCCGCCCGGGCCUCCCCACCACAUGCAACACCAAGGCCCUCCCCCGCACCAUAUGCAGCAUCAAGGCCCCCCGCCCCAUCAGGGGCCGCCGCCACACCGCCCACCAAUGCAGCAGGGUCCGCCGCCACACCACAUGCAGCACGACGGACAGGGACCGCCACACAGACCCCCAAUGCAGUUCCAAGGGCCGCCGCAGAUGCAGCGGCCGGGCCCGGGCGGGCCGCGGCCGGGUCCGGGGCCGGAGUGGGGCCCACGCGGGCCGCACCACAUGCCGCCGGGGCCCCCGCAGCAGUACGGCCCUCCGCAGCACCAGAUGCCGCAUCAGAUGCCGCCCCCGCACCAGCCGGGGCCGGGCGGCAUGCCGCCGCACCACCAGAUGGGGCACGGCCCGGGCGGUCCCGGCCCUAGGCCGCCGCUGCCGCAGCACCCAGGUAUGAACGGUUACCCAGGCCCGGGCCCGGGUGCGCCGGCGCCGCACGUGAACCCCGCGUUCUUCAACCAGCAGCCGCAGCCCCAGCCCGGCCCGCAGCCGCCGCCGCAGCAGCAGCCACCAGGCCCCGGCGCGCCGUACGGGCACGGGCCGCACGCGGCGCCCGCGCAGGGCCCGCCGCCCGGCGCGCGCCCGCAGCCCUACGGCCGACCACCGCAGAGCUACCCGCCGAGCGCGGAGCCGGCGCGCGCGCCGCACCACGCGGCGCCGCUGGCCGCGCACGCGCACGCGCACGCGCACGCGCCGCUGCACGCGCCGCUGGCGCCCGCCAUCAGCGAGGCGGAGUUCGAGGAGGUCAUGUCGCGCAACCGCACCGUCUCCUCCAGCGCCAUCGCGCGCGCCGUGUCCGACGCCGCCGCCGGCGAGUACGCCUCCGCCAUCGAGACGCUCGUCACCGCCAUAUCGCUCAUCAAGCAGAGCAAGGUGGCCCACGACGACCGCUGCAAGAUCCUCAUCUCGUCGCUGCAAGACACGCUGCACGGCGUGGAGACCAAGUCGUACAGCAGCACGGAGCGGCGCCGCUCGCGGUCGCGCGAGCGCGAGGCUAGGGCGCACCACCGCGCGCCGCGCCGCCGCGAGCGCUCCGCCUCGCGCUACCGAGACCGCUCCCGGGACCGCGAGGACCGCGACAGGUAUAGGGAAAGGUCGAGGGAGCGCGAUCGCGACCGUGAUGCGUACUACAGGGAUUACCGCGAGCGUGACCGCUCCCGCUCUCGCGACCGCGAACGCGCUGACCAUUACAACCGUGCACACAGCCGAGAAGAAAGUACUAAAAAGAGCUCGUCCCUCAGGCCGCGCAAGUCGCCCGUGGAGGCGGUGGCGGAGGCCGGCGCGGGCGACGCGCCCAGCAGCAAGCGCAGCGGCGCCGCGCCCUACUACGACGAGCGCUACCGCGAGCGCCGCGACCGCGACCGCGACGUGCCGCCCGCCGACCGCGACCGCGAGCGCGACCACCGCCGCGACGCCAGGCACUAGCCACCCAUACCGGCACCGAGGAAACUAAUCACGGCCGACUUAUCGCGCGAUUAAGACAAGAUUGGCGCGCUUACAAGUAUUACAAAGUGCAUCAGGAACAUACGUUUUCGUAGUCUAGACAAAUUGGCUGUACAUUUUUUUACUGCCCCCUUCUACAAAAAAUCCACGAAAGUGAUUAGGAAUAAGUGCUCAGAUUAUGACCCAGUUGCACAUGAAUAAUUACUUUGUGCAUCGCUUAGGUCCUGUCUGAACUUGGCUCUAAAUAAAAGUUUUUAAUCAAUUGCUAGUGACGCUUUGUCUUGUCUUUAUUGUGAUAUAAUCGUGACUUCUGGGCAACCUAUUGACGUUGCCUCUAUCGUUGACGUAAACAAAUUGAAAUAUCACAGAUCGGAGUUGAAAUCGUAUCUGUCGCAAUUUAUAAACCGCGUACACGCGCGUACGGAUCGACACAAUGCACUUGUCAAGUCUAAAGUUUGAUACAUGUUAAAUAUCGUUUUUAAGGCCAACCUGUAUAUUUACUGGUUGUUUAACUAGAGUUUUUCCAUGUCACACUGUGUUUUGUAUUUCUAGUGAACUUGGUUGUCUGACUACAUUGAAAAUAAAUGUAUUAACUAUGAAUACGAUUACUGAGUUCUACUGUGACAGGUUGAACAUUGAAGAAUAACAACAGCUAUUCACGUUGCAAAUCGCAAUAAAAGAGAUAGUUAUUGUCCGUUGUGAUCGUAACUAAUUGUAUAUUGACUAAAUAAAUUAUGUAGCCACAAAAUGUGUCGUGUAAAAACGCUGUUUUACCAUCUUUAUCACUAGAAUGACCACUGUAACAACCCCUGUAUUAAAUUUACUUUUGUAUUGGAACAACAUUCCAUAUUGGACUCCGGGGUUUUAGGAUGUAACUACGUGAGAAUUCACUGUUGAAGAGCUGAAUCUAUUUUCUUAUUGCACAUAUGUGAAUUUAUUGUAAUUUUGCAAUAGGGAAAUCGAUUGAUACCUCACUAGGUUUUAGUCAUAGAUUUUAAGAUUUCCUUGUAUGGAUUGCUCCAUACUUAAUAGUUAUAUGACACUGAUGAUCUUAGGGUUUACUUUGCAUAAAUGAACAUAAAUAAAAUUGAUGUAUUAAUAUUCA